AUGGCGGGAAUACACAACUACUGAAGCGUCUUGGCAAUUUAUAACUUCAAUAUCAAUUAGGGCAACCAAAUUUACUUGACUAACAAUUUUCCCCAAUUUCCCCAAUAAAAUGCUAAAAGGAAGAGAAAGUCUACGAAGGAUCAUCGGAAAACGGAGGAGAUUUCUUUCAAAUCUCUCUAACAUCCUAUCGUAUUCUUGUUCUUUGCCGUCGAAUUCUGUCAACGAUGGAAACGGUAAGCAAUUACUUGACGGUUCUGCCACUGUUAAGACGGAAGCUAACUCAAUCGAUGAUAAACUAGAAGGUUCUAGUUCAGAGAAAGGGUUUGUUGAUUGUCCUGUUUGUAGUACACAGAUUCGCGCUGAUGAUUGGUCUGUCAAUUCUCAUCUUGAUUUGUGUCUUCUUCGAGGAACAAAGCGAAAACUAAGUCAACGCACUCUUCUUCAGUUCAGCUUUUGCCCAAAACUCAAAAGUAGUAGGUGCGAAAGUGAGGGAGUUCAUGCAGGGACUAGUGAUGUGGUACAGGUCAUUGAACCUGCAAAGAACAAUCUCCAGCUGGGAAGCAUUGGUGCUGAUGAAGUAACUUGUGCCAAAAGUCAAUGUGAAAUGAGCAGAUCUUAUGAUGGAACCUCAUUGAAAUCAUCAUUAGUUUUUGGUUCAAUCAUCCAACACAGUAAGACUUUUACUGAGAAGAUUUACAUUGAUGAUGAUGCAGAUGAGAUGACUGAUGCUUCUUCAGAACCCUUUGGAUCUGGUGCAUCAGAUGUUGAUGUGGAAGGAAUUCUUGAUGAUUUAUCUGGGACGACUCUUGAGACAUGCAUUGUGGGUCGUAAAUAUGUUGAUGCUGCAGAAGCUGUUGCUGGUACAAGCAUCUGUUUUCUAAGAGACCCUUACAACAUCAAAGAUCCUAAUGCCAUCAAGGUUACAUCCGCAGAUGCUGGCUCUGGAAAAAUCUUAGGUUUUCUUCCUCGGGAAUUGGCUCAACAUUUGUCACCUUUGAUUGACAAGUAUCAGCUGAAGUUUGAGGGAGUGAUCACUUCAGUUCCAAAAAGCUCUUUGGAUAUCAUCCCCAUCAAAAUCAUGUGCCUAAAACCACCAUCUUAUAGUGAAUUCUCAAAAGAUGACAUUGCUAUGCUGAGGUUUUUAUGCAAUAAUAUUUAUUGCCUGAUGAAGUCUGGCAAGAGUUCUCCAUCGAGCCCUAUAAAGUACCAGAAGAAUUUCGGGCUCAUGAUUGAAGAUGCUUUAACAAGCAAUAUGCAUCUUUUCACAGAUGAUGAGAAGUUUUUCUUAGAAUCAUUCCGCUCAUUUUCUGAUGAUAGCCAAAGGCUCUUUGUACGACUUUACUCAAGAAAAGGACCAUGGUUUCGCAUAUCUAGUUUUUCAUAUCCAGAAAUACUGGAUUAUCAACAAGCAGUUGAUGAACUCUCAGAAGCGUCUUAUGUCUGCUCUUUUGGUGAUAGUAGCGGCAUUAAUGACAAUGAUUUAGAGGAACUUCUGAACAUCUUAACAGUGAGCGAGCUGUGUGAGAUCCUUCAAAUGCUAAAGAAGGGUUCCAAAGUUGGCUCGAGGAAGAAAGAGCUUAUUGCAUCACUACACUCUUCAUUUAAAGAUGGACUCUGUCCUCUCCUUCCAAGUUUGAUUUUUGACAGAACAGCAACAUGUGUUCGAAUUUCUUCAACUGCUGAAUCUCUUUUGUGGCGUGUUCAGAGACUAUUCUUCUUGGAUGGAGAGCAAGAUUUGUCUUCAUUCCUUUUAGUUGAUUUGCGAAUUCUCAAGUACCCAGAGUACAAAUGUUCAAUUUCACAUCCAGUAUUCUCUACCAGAAGUGACCUGCUUGCUUAUGAAGAGGCCAUUGAAGUUGCACAGAUUAUGGACCAAUCCCUUGAAGAAGGCAACUCAAAGUUGGUGCUUCAAUGUAUCGAGAUAGCCGAAUAUCAAUUGUCAAGUGAUUUUAUGAUGAAAAGUCAAUCAUUGCCUUUAAAGUCAGAAGUUUCAUUUCUUCAAUGUUUUUCAGCAGCUUGGGUUAACUCUAAAAUUGUCUUGCUUGGUGUUUCCAUCCAUGAACAAGAACGUAGGUACCAGGAUGCCAUCAAAUUGUUGAAGCUGUUGCUUAACAGUUUUACUUCUGGUGGAAGAAGAGGAUACUGGACAUUAAGAUUGUCCAUUGAUUUAGAACACAUUGGUUGUAUAGAACAGAGUCUCUCUGUUGCAGAAGAUGGUGUUUUAGACCCAUGGGUUCGUGCUGGUUCAAAAAUGGCGUUGCAAAGGCGGGUCAUACGCUUAGGGAAGCCACCAAGGCGUUGGAAAACCCCUAGUUAUGCUUCUUUUGUCAAAAGAAAGAUCACAGAGGUACAUAUCCAAGGGAGACCAUUAAGCAGCAAAAUAGGGACGAAGAGUAGAUUUUAUGGUCAAGAUGACGAGCAAUGUGGAGUAGAAGAGCUUGCUCUACAAUUCUAUGCAGGAGAAGGGGGUGGCUGGCAGGGUGUUCAUACAGAAAGUGGCAUUUGGUUGACCAUAUAUGGUCUUCUUAUGUGGGAUAUUAUAUUUUCAGAUGUACCAGAUACAUUUCGCACCAGAUUUCAGAGUGCACCUUUGGACAUGGACAGUGAUAACUUUUAUAUUGCCAGAAAAGGCAUUAUCGAACAUCACUUGCAGAAGAUUCACAAUGGUAUGGCCGAGACUAUCCUCAUAAUGUCGUGGGAGUUGCAUUACGGUACACUUUGCAGGGGUGUUAACUGGGAAAGACAUUCACUUUCUGAGCUUCGUGCUGCUGUUUCAUGCAUCAAAGGCCCUUCCCUUUCAAAUCUUUGCCGGCUUUUGUCCCAGGAUUACCGAAGUUGGUCUAGUGGAAUGCCUGAUUUGCUGUUAUGGCAUUUUCAUGAAGGCUACAGGGGCGAAGCAAAACUUGUUGAAGUCAAAGGCCCCAAAGAUCGGCUUUCUGAACAACAACGAGCAUGGCUGCUUACCUUGAUUGAUUGUGGCUUCACUGUAGAGGUCUGCAAAGUAAACCCUUCAGCUUUAGCAUGAAGUUGCCACCAUAGUUGCAUCAACCGCGAUCCGGGAACAUUCCUCCCCAAUCACCACGAAACGCAACCGGAAUAGCUCAAGGUGACGUAACCGGAUUCAGAUGAAUUGUUGAUGGCAGCGUAUUCUCAGGCUCAGAGCAUUACAUCCAGCUCUUGCUUCGCCUUCCAGGUUAACGAAAAUUUGGAAAGGAUCUAACGUUUCUUCAUUUGUCAAAGUUUUACUCCGAUGACACUUUUAGGAGAUUAUACGGAGAAUGUCAAAGCCUCAGAGAGAUAGUCACACUGGCUGUAUUAGUCUGAAAUUAAGAAAGCAAGAUCUUUUCGAGAAGACGAAAAUUAGAGCAGAUUAUAUGAGCAGUUCCUUAGACGUACGAGUAAAUUAAUUAUUUUCUAUUUUAUUUUUAUUUGGGAUGGUUCAUCUAAUCAUCUAUUGAUGGUUGUGUUUUAUACUUGUACAUUUGCUGUUGGUAUUCUUGUGGAUAAAUUGUCCAAUUGAAUAAAGAAAUAUAAUUAAAAUAA